AUGGGGUACCUGCCGUCGCUGGGCGGCAACGCGGCGCACCUCGUCUCCGACCUCGCCACCGUCAUCCUCAACCCCGUCUCCGGCCACGAGCGGGAGCGCUCCUCCCACCUCCCCGAGGCCACUGAAGGGCAGGAAAAUCUUUAUGGUGAUGAAGAACCUGAAAUCCCUAAUGGCCCCGACACAUCUUCGUUUCGAGCAUUUCUGAUGUCAUUUAUGUCUGCAUCAAGCUCUAGCAAUGAUUCAAUGGAGAUCAUACCUGAGCAGGAUCUGGAUAUGGAAUACCCAACUUUAACACCUGUUGGGAGGGGAAUCAAGGAAAGGAAGGGGUUGCUUAGUAGAGGCAAGCAUUCCAUUGGAAAGAUUAUUAACAAGGCAGGUAGACUUGGUGGUUUCAGACAAAAAUCCGGCCACAUCGUUGAUAAUGAAAUAGCAAAUCAAAUAGAGUCAAUGUCGUCCGGUUUCGCUCUGAAGGUAUCAAGGGGGUCUGCUUCAAAUCACAAGUUGCCACCUAUGUCUGAACCAUCAAUGCUUUUAUCAGAAAUGAUGCGAAAUGUUCUUUAUCCAUCUCUUCCUGUUCUUGUUCAAGGAAAGAACUGGAUGCUGGUUUACAGUACCUGGAGGCACGGGGUAUCUCUAUCUACUCUGUACAGAAGGAGCAUGCUUUGCUCUGGUGAUUCACUUCUGGUAUGCUGCAUACCAUGCUUUUGUAUAUCUUCCAUUUUCAUGCCCUCAUUUGCAAUAUAA